AUGGCAUUGAACGACGACGACGACAACGAGCUCACCAGAAAUGAUGCAUGCAAUUGCAAUUGCAGGGACAGCUAUAUGAUCGCGCUGCGCGCACGAGGCGUGGAGCUGAGGCGGAAGGACGGCAUUAUGGACGGAGGACAGUCCGACGGGCGGCUGACCCCAUCUGCACUUGCGCCACUGCGAAGGGUCGUCUACGAUCGCAGUGUAUUACGGUAUUCUCUGUGCUACUGUUGCGGCGCUAUGGGACCACCCACUACUAGGGCUAAGGCCAAAGCGUCGGAUGUCGGGGUCGCAGUUACCCAGCCACCGAUCAAUCCAGUUAAGGAUGAGAGCAAACUACCGGUACCGGUCGUGAGGUUUAACACUCCUCCCUCCUCGAACCGAAACUCUUCUUCCGUUUCCAGGCGCAGAAACGACUCCCGUCGCGGGCCUUCUCGUCGCAUGGAUCCCGGCAUGGCCUGGCAAACGCGCAACAUGGGCAACUCAUGCUUCAAUUGCGGAGGCACCGGACACUUGGCCCGUCAGUGCCCAUCUCCUCUGCCCUCUCCCGGCCCGAAGCCGACAGGUACGCGAUCCGCCGCACGUUCUCGUUUUCCAUCCAGUAACUCUAGCUCUGCUGCUCGGAGUCUUUCUCCUCACUCUUCUCCAGUCCACGAUUAUUUUGAUGAUGCCUGCAACAAAAUCAAUGCCCUUUCGAUCUCUCUUCGCGAAAAACAGGAGGCACUGGAUAAUUCUCAGGCCCAGGUGGCGGCUCUCUUGAAGCGUAACGAUGAGCUUUCUCGGUCAGUGUUCUCAGAAGCUCGGGCCCCGCGUCCGUUUCCAGCCAGUAACCUGUGCGGUGUCAACUCGCUGUUCCUUUGCUUGAUCGUUGGCGUAUGCAUCCCGUCGGGGCUCGCGCAACCGGCCUGGUUCUGUCCGCCAAGCUCCCAUGAUUAUCUUCUGCGAGUGCCUCUCACUUACAACUGCUCUCGCUUGCUUCCGCGCCUGUUUUUCUUUAUCCCGUUUGCCAACGGCACCACCAAGUUUGAUCCUUUGUCCGGCUCACGGUCUUCGGUGCCCCCCGCCGACGUCCCCGUGUUCGAGCCUCUCUCCCGUGUCUCUCCUCGGGUGCCGACACCCCCAUUAACCAUUUUUCACAAUCUAGUAUUGACUAAUGUCAGUGAGCUUCUGCCGGAACAUCGCCUUACGGAACUUUGGGAGGUCCGUCAGUACGAACAAUUGUUGUCGUCCGCGGGCUCGCAGAGCCAAAGCCAGAUCUCUCAGUCCAUAUCUCCAAGCGCUUCUGCACCUUCUUCGCUCUGGCAACUUUUUUCGUUUAGCCUUUUCGAC